AAGAAAGAAGGAGGAGGAGGAGGAGAAAGAAGGAAGAAGAAAGAAGAAGGAGGAAGAAGGAAGGAGGAGGAGGAGGAGAAGAAGAAAGAAGAAGAAGAAGAAGAAGAAGAAGAAGAAGAAGAAGAAGAAGAAGAAAGAAGGAGGAGGAGGAGAAGAAAGAAGGAAGAAGAAAGAGAAGGAGGAAGAAGGAAGAAGAAAGAGAAGGAGGAAGAAGGAAGAAGGAAGGAGGAGGAGAAGGAAGAAAGAAGGAAGAAGAAAGAGAAGGAGGAGAAGGAGGAGGAGGAGGAGAAGGAAGAAAGAAGAAAGAGGAGGAGGAGGAGGAGAAGAAGGAGGAGGAGAAGAAGGAGGAGGAGGAGGAGGAGAAGAAGAAGAAGAAGAAGAAGAAGAAGAAGAAAGAAAGAAAGAAAGAAAGAAAGAAAGAAAGAAAGAAAGAAAGAAAGAAAAAGAAAGAACAAGAAAAGAAUAACAACAGGUCGCUUCUCUCCAACGAUGCGAACACAGGCUCUGUGACGUUCCCUGGUAAUCCGCAACUCGUUCUCUUAAAGAGGAAACCCGGACGCCGUCCUAAACAGCUGUAGCUGUUUCGCAUACGGUCUUGGCGCGUCCCUCGGGGUCAAGGCCAUGACGGGGCGGCCCCUACCGCCCCAGCCAGGCCCGCGCGUCCUCUUCGGAAUUCAUAGCCUUAUUUAGACCGCGCCACCGCCGUGCCCGUGAGAACAGCUGCUCGGCUGGCUACAGGAAGUAGAGGCCCGCGCGCCUGACCCGGAAGCGCAUGCUGGUCCCGCCCUCUCGGCGCCCGGCUUCCUUCUGCAACAGGCGUGGGUCACGGGCUCGCUCGUUCUCUUUCUGCCGCCAUCUUGGUUCCGUGAUCUCCGCACAAAAUGCCCGGUGAAGCCACAGAAACCGUCCCUGCUACAGAGCAGGAGUUGCCACAGCCUCAGGCUGAGACAGCUGUGCUUCCUAUGUCUUCAGCCUUGAAAGUUGCUGCUGUAGGGCAGCCUGGACCUACCCCUCCUUCUUCCCUGGGCCCCCAGCAAAGCCCUAUAGUAACUGCUCAUCAGCCUUCUCCACUCCCUUCUAGUGUUUCCUCGACCCCCUUUGAAGUUCCUUUUGCCCAGCCCAUAACAGCUGAAACUGCUCUGCCCUCAGGAACUGCCCCUCCCACCCCAACUUUCCUGCCACACCUGAUAGGGCCUCCCAUUUCCCCAGCUGCGCUAGCCUUGGCCUCUCCCAUGAUAGGUCUAGCUCAGAAAGGUGCCAGGUCCUCCUCGGCUCCCUUGUCUCUGGUCGCAUUAGCUCCUCAUUCGGUUCAGAAGAGCUCUGUAUGUCCCCCUCACCCUCUCACCUCACCUCCAUCAGCUGCUGGAGCAGAGUUGGGGGCAUUGACAGCUUCCAUCCCUCCCUUAGAACCAAAGACUUCUACCAGUCAAGUUCCCUCUCAGGGAACCCUGAAUCUAAAAGGCACUGCCCCGUGUCCUCCAGAUGUAGUCAGGGCUUUUCCUUCCCACCUUGAAAACCCCCUGGCCUCUGUUCAGCCUGGUUUAAUGUCCUGUCCUCAAACACUAUCCAACACUUCCCCAGUGAAAGGUGUCCCCAUUUCCUCAGCUCUGACACAAAGUCGGCUAAGCCUUAACCUAAAGGGACCUGUUAGUCCACCUGCUCGUAACACUGCAGCUCCCAGCAUCCCCCUAGCACCCUCUACUUCUCUGGGCUGUCAUCUUCCACUUCUGCAUCACAGUUCUGUGGAUUCUCCCAUCCAGCCUCCAGGUCAGUCAGGGCUUGCAGUGAGUAAUCCCACUUCUGUAGGUCACUCUGGUAUUGCAGCCUCUUGCCCACCUGAGAGAUGUGUAGUUCCUGCCCUUCCCUCCAGGCUGCUGGCUGUUGAUUCUGGGGCAGCUCCAUCUGACGACAAAGGCUCCUCUGCUGUUACUAAUGAGCUCUGCAGCCCUCCUGGCUCUUCAAAUGUAGCUGGUACUUCCUUGUCUCCUAAAGCCUCUCUCGUUCCCAAAGGUUCUAAUGUUGCUCUACAGCCUUUGGUGACUCAAGUUCCCGCUUCUCAAAAAACUGGUUUAAAAGAAAUUCCUGUCUCCUGUAUUGGAGCCACCCACCAUGCCCUGGAUAACCCUUCUGCCAUUUCUGUAGCACCUGCCACUCAUGUGCCUCCUCCAACUUCAUCAGGUCUUGUGAGUAGUAAAGACCCAGCUUCCCCUGUCACGUCACUCGUCGUACCUGCUGCUCACAAGCAGUUUCCUGCUCCUCCAGCAUCAGCUACUCUAGGGGUGCCAGUGUCUCCUCUGCCAGCCACUGAAGGCCUUAAAAAUCUUCCUAUUUCGGCAUUAGUAAAUGUAGGCGCCCCUGUUUCUCCAGCCCAGGCAGGGCUCCCUACCAGAAAAGACACUACUCUGCAGCCCUUGGCCCCCAUAGCACUUAAAGAGUCUCCCUCUUCUCAGAGUGCAUCAUCUCUGGAGGUACUUUCAGAAGACACUGUAACAAAGAAGACUACAGGAGGACCUGCCCCUGUAGUGCGGCCAGCCAUUGCUGGGGUUGCUACUACUACUUCCCUGCGUGCUGACUCUCCACCUGCUGUCAUCAGGGCAGAUUCUUGUGUCAGCCCAAACACUGUCAGUCAGCCUCUCAAACGUUCUGUUACUGACCCAGCAAUGGCUCCUAGAACUGCCAAAAAUACUGCUCCUUCUACCACUUCACCUUUGGUUCCUUUAGCCUCUGAAGGCUGUCCUGUGGCUUCAUCUAUGGCUUUGUCCCCCCAGAAUGCUUCUGUUUCUGAGACUGCUUUGGCAUUGUCCCCUGAAAUUCCCAAGUCUGUGCCCUUUCCUGAUCCUCCCUUAGCUGAGAUUUCUUUUUCCAAUGCAAGGAAAGUUGAUGCUGUCUCUCAUAUGGAGUCUUCAGGCUCCUCUCGUCAGGGGCACCCAGAUGCUUCUGUGACUGCCAAAGGGACUGUGGUUUGUCUAGCUGACUCAUCUUUAGACACUAGUGUGUCUGCAUCCAAGGGCUCUGCUCUCUCAGGUGCUUCGUCUCCUCUCUACCCACUUGAGGUUUCUUUCCUUCCAGAGGCAGGUCUGGCUGUUCAAGGCCCUAAAGGCUCACUUAAUAAGCUUUCUCCCACUCCUCCAUCCUCCAAAGGGGCCCCUGUUCCUUCAACUGGGGCUCCUCCCUCCCCUAAAGGAGCCCCUAUUGUUCCAACAGAAAGUUCUAUAUCCUCCAAACAGGUCCCAGCAGAAAUUCUUCCUUCCCCCCAAAAGACCCCAGAAGUUACAGCUUCCAGACUGAUCUCAGCAGUCCAGUCUCCUAAAGUAGACCCUAUUAUGUCAGACGUGACCCCUACCUCUCCCAAAAAGACUUCAGCAACUGCAGUCCCCAAAGAUACUUCAGCAACCCUGUCUCUCAAAAGUGUCCCGGCUGUGACUUCCCUGUCUCCCCCAAAGGCCCCUGUAGCCCCAUCUAAUGAAGCCACCAUUGUUCCUACUGAGAUUCCUACCUCCCUCAAAAAUGCCCUAGCAGCUGCAACUCCCAAAGAGACUUUAGCAACCUCAAUUCCCAAAGUGACUUCUCCUUCCCCACAAAAGACUCCAAAAUCCGUAUCCCUUAAGGGUGCCCCGGCUAUGACCUCCAAAAAGGCGACAGAAAUUGCAGCCUCCAAAGACGUCUCACCAUCCCAGUUUCCCAAAGAGGUUCCUCUUCUACCACAUGUGCCUCCUACUUCCCCACCAAAGUCCCCAGUAAGUGAUACACUCAGUGGGGCUCUAACAAGCCCACCCCCCAAAGGUCCCCCUGCCACCCUAGCUGAGACUCCUACCUAUCCUAAAAAGUCCCCUAAACCUGCAGCAUCCAAAAAAACUCCAGCGACUCCAUCUCCUGAAGGGGUCACAGCUGUUCCACUGGAGAUUCCUCCUUGCUCCAAAAAGGCCCCCAAAACUGCAGCUCCCAAAGAAAGUUCAGCAACCUCAUCUUCUAAAAGGGCCCCUAAAACUGCAGUUUCCAAAGAAAUUCCUUCUAAAGGGGUCACAGCUGUGCCAUUGGAGAUUUCUCUGCCUCUAAAAGAAACCUCCAAAAGUGCAACUCCUGGAGAAAAGUCAGCCUCAUCCCCAAAAAGGUCCCCCAAAACUGCAGGCCCCAAAGAAACUCCACCUGGAGGGGUUACAGCUGUGCCCCCGGAGAUUUCUCUACCUCCAAAAGAGACACCCCAGAAUGCAACCCCUAAUGAAAGUUUAGCAGCCUCAUCCCAAAAAAGGUCCCCCAAAACUUCAGUCCCCAAAGAAACUCCACCUGGAGGGGUCACAGCUAUGCCACUGGAAAUUCCUUCUGCCCCCCAAAAGGCCCCCAAAACUGCAGUCCCUAAACAGAUUCCUACUCCCGAAGAUGCUGUUACUAUCCUAGCUGGAAGUCCUCUCUCUCCCAAAAAGGCAUCCAAAACCGCAGCCCCCAAAGAAGCUCCGGCAACCCCAUCUGUGGGGGUCAUAGCUGUAUCAGGAGAGAUUUCUCCCUCCCCCAAAAAGACCUCAAAAACUGCAGCCCCCAAAGAGAAUUCAGCAACCUUACCCCCAAAAAGGUCCCCCAAAACUGCAGCCCCCAAAGAGACUCCAGCCACAUCUUCUGAAGGGGUUACAGCUGUGCCAUCUGAGAUUUCUCCUUCACCCCCAACUCCAGCCUCCAAAGGGGUUCCUGUGACCCUAACUCCCAAAGGUGCCCCUAAUGCCCUAGCUGAGAGUCCUGCCUCCCCUAAAAAGGUCCCUAAAACUGCAGCCCCUGAAGAAACCUCAACAACCCCAUCCCCCCAAAAAAUUCCCAAAGUGGCAGGUCCCAAAGAGGCUUCAGCAACCCCACCUUCAAAAAAGACCCCCAAAACUGCAGUCCCCAAAGAAACUUCAGCACCUUCUGAGGGGGUCACAGCUGUACCACUGGAAAUUCCUCCCUCCCCCAGAAAGGCCCCUAAAACUGCAGCUCCCAAAGAAACUCCAGCCCCGUCUCCUGAAGGGGCCACCACUGCACCAGUGCAGAUUCCUCCCUCCCCCAGGAAGGGCUCUAAGAAAGCAGGCUCCAAAGAAACACCUACAACCCCAUCUCCUGAAGGGGUAACAGCUGCACCUCUAGAAAUUCCCAUAUCUUCCAAAAAGACUUCCAAAAUGGCAAGUCCUAAAGAAACGCUAGUAACCCCAUCUUCCAAAAAGCUCUCCCAAACUGUAGGUCCCAAAGAAACUUCACUUGAAGGGGCCACAGCUGUGCCACUGGAGAUUCCUCCUUCCCACAAAAAGGCCCCCAAAACUGUAGAUCCUAAACAGGUUCCUCUAACCCCAUCUCCUAAAGAUGCCCCUACUACUCUAGCUGAAAGUCCUUCCUCCCCCAAAAAGGCACCCAAAACUGCAGCCCCACCCUCUGAAAGGGUCACCACUGUGCCACCAGAGAAGCCUGCCACCCCACAGAAGGCCUCAGCAACUACAGCCUCCAAAGUGCCUGUCCCUGCCGAGACACAGGAAGUUGCUGUCUCCUCAAGAGAGACUCCAGUAACCCCAGCUGUGCCCCCAGUCAAGAAUCCUUCCUCCCAUAAGAAGACCUCAAAGACUAUAGAGCUCAAAGAAGCCCCAGCAACCCUCCCUCCCUCCCCAACAAAGAGCCCCAAAAUUCCAUCAUCCAAAAAGGCACCAAGGACUUCAGCCCCUAAAGAGUUUCCAGCAAGCCCUUCUAUUAAACCUGUCACCACCUCACUGGCACAGACAGCUCCUCCCAGUCUGCAAAAGGCACCAUCGACUACAAUCCCCAAGGAGAAUUUAGCUGCCCCGGCUGUUCUGCCUGUCUCCAGCAAGAGCCCAGCAGCUCCAGCUGCUGCAAGUGCUUCCCUUUCCCCAGCUACUGCAGCUCCUCAAACAGCUCCAAAAGAGGCCACAACAAUCCCAUCUUGUAAAAAGGCUGCAGCUACUGAGACCCCCAUUGAGACUUCAACAGCUCCAUCUCUCGAGGGGGCCCCCAAGGAGACCUCAGAAACUUCAGUGUCCAAAGUUCUCAUGUCUUCCCCUCCCAAAAAGGCUUCAUCCUCCAAAAGAGCCUCCACUCUCCCAGCUACAACUCUUCCCUCUCUUAAAGAGGCCUCUGUUCUCUCACCCACUGCCACUUCUUCCGGAAAAGACUCUCAUAUUUCCCCAGUGUCCGAUGCUUGUAGCACAGGAACUACUACCCCUCAGGCAUCUGAAAAGCUCCCAUCAAAGAAAGGUCCUACAGCUUUCACGGAAAUGCUUGCUGCACCUGCUCCAGAAAGUGCUUUGGCCAUCACUGCUCCCAUUCAGAAAAGCCCAGGGGCCAACAGCAAUUCUGCUUCCUCUCCUAAGUGCCCAGACCCCUCCUCUAAGAAAGACACAAAGGGCCUCCCUUCUGCAGUAGCUCUAGCCCCUCAGACAGUUCCUGUUGAGAAAGACACUUCAAAAGCUAUAGAAACUCUGCUUGUUAGCCCUGCAAAAGGCAGUGAUUGUCUUCAUUCCCCAAAGGGUCCUGUGGGGUCUCAGGUAGCUACUCCACUAGCAGCGUUUACCUCUGACAAAGUCCCUCCGGAAGCUGUGUCUGCAUCUGUGGCUCCAAAGCCUGCCCCAGCAGCUUCCCUGACUCUUGCUCCCUCCCCAGUUGCCCCUCUGCCUCCUAAACAGCCACUUCUUGAGUCUGCACCUGGGUCGGUGCUGGAGUCCCCCUCUAAGCUCCCAGUCCCUGCUGAGGAGGAUGAGCUGCCGCCUCUGAUUCCCCCGGAAGCAGUCUCUGGGGGAGAGCCUUUCCAGCCGAUCCUCGUCAACAUGCCCGCCCCUAAACCUGCUGGGACCCCUGCCCCAGCCCCCUCUGCCAAGCAGCCUGUUCUGAAGAACAACAAGGGAUCGGGAACAGAGUCUGACAGUGAUGAGUCAGUACCAGAGCUCGAGGAACAAGACUCCACACAGACGGCCACGCAGCAAGCCCAGCUGGCAGCCGCAGCAGAGAUCGAUGAAGAACCUGUUAGUAAAGCCAAGCAGAGUCGAAGUGAGAAGAAGGCAAGGAAGGCUAUGUCCAAACUGGGUCUUCGACAGGUUACAGGGGUUACGAGAGUCACUAUCCGAAAAUCUAAAAAUAUCCUCUUUGUCAUCACAAAACCCGAUGUCUACAAGAGCCCAGCUUCAGACACCUACAUAGUGUUUGGGGAAGCCAAGAUUGAAGAUUUGUCUCAGCAAGCACAGUUAGCAGCUGCUGAGAAAUUCAAAGUUCAAGGUGAAGCUGUUUCAAACAUUCAGGAAAACACUCAGACUCCAACCGUCCAAGAGGAGAGUGAAGAAGAGGAGGUUGAUGAGACGGGUGUGGAAGUUAAGGACAUAGAACUGGUCAUGUCGCAAGCAAACGUAUCAAGAGCAAAGGCUGUUCGAGCCCUGAAAAACAACAGUAAUGAUAUUGUAAAUGCUAUUAUGGAAUUAACAAUGUAACUAUUUGACAGCGAAGACAACUCCCCCUUUCCCCCCUUUUUGGUGUUUGAAAAGUGGAACUACAGCUUGGUUUAAAAUUUGUACUGUUUCUAUCACUAAUAAAGUUGUGGCUUCUUGUUGGAUGGACUCA